GGUUCGAUCGUGUACUAACUAGACUAGGUGUGUGUACCUCAAAACAAAAAUAAUUGCGUCGUGCGAUCCAUUGUUGAUCUAUCUGCGGUAAUCAAAUUGAAAAAAAUACUGCUGUUAUCUUUGAAAGUGGAAGUCUAAUUAGAUUUUCCGGACUAUUUCUGUGAAUAGAUCAUUGUUUACAUUUGCUACACCAAAGCCGGUCCCUCCGUCGCCGCUAUGGAAGUCGAACGUGUCGACUCUGAAAACGUGGCGAUGGACGAAUCUGCAAAGACGGUGGCCGAUGGAGGUGCCGGGGACGCAGCAACGUCCCAAACGGAGAAACUAAGACGCAAAGGCAAGAAAUAUGCUCGUGCGAAUAGCAAGGAAGGAAUUAGUGCUGUAACUCCGCUUCCAAAAUAUCGGAGCUGGAAGAACAGUAGGAGACCACGGAAUGGUCACGGCCGUGGGUUGCCGAAAAAAGGCGGUGCCGGCGGCAAGGGCGUGUGGGGAGCACCUGGCUCAGAACUGCUUGAAGAGUACGAGGAAGACGCUAACGACCCAAAUUAUGACUCUGAGGCCGUCUCCAAUGGAGACAUUGAGUUCAAGCAGGUUAUAGUCGAAGCGGAACCCGAAGAGAUUGUGCGCAAAGCGGAGCCAGUGAUCUUAGAAUACUUUGAACACGGUGACACGAAUGCAGCAGCUGAAGACUUCCUCGAGUUCGUCACAGCCAAAAGGAGCCACUUGAUAUGCGAGACCAUCAUCGAGAUAGCGCUGGACCAUAAGCCUUCACACUGCGAGAUGGCUUCUGUUCUGAUCUCAGACUUAUACGGGAGAGUGCUUUCUGCCAAGGAUAUUGGAUAUGCAUUCGAGAGACUAUUGGACAAAUUACCCGACUUAGUCCUGGACACGCCUGACGCAUGCGUGCUACUGUCAAACUUCAUAGCGCGGUGUGUGGCCGACGACUGCCUGCCGCCGCGGUUCGUGCAGACGCAGACGCAGGCAGAGCUCAACGCGCACGCCAAACAAGCAAUACAUAGAGCGGAGACGCUGCUAUCAAUGAAGCAAGGUUUGGUGAGGCUCGACAACAUUUGGGGUGUUGGUGGCGGCAUCAGGCCAGUAAAAUCGCUGAUCCGUCAGAUCCAACUCCUGCUCAAAGAGUACCUGACCUCCGGUGACCUCGCGGAGGCCAUGCGGUGUGUCCGCGAACUGGAGGUGCCUCACUUCCACCACGAGCUCGUGUACGAGACAAUACUGUUGGCCCUGGAAUCUAUAAACUCGAGUGUUGAGGAGCAGCUAUGCAAAUUCCUUGCUGAGUUGAGCCGCUGUGUAAUCGUGUCUCCGGACCAGAUGGACCGGGGCUUCCUCCGCGUGCUAGAAGACAUGACAGACAUAGUGUUGGACGUGCCGCUGGCGUACGUGAUGCUGGCGCGGGUGGUGGAGCGCUGCACGCAGAAGAUAAAGCUGGGGCCGGCGGUGCUGCAGCGCAUGCCCAACAGAGGGCGCAAGCGCUUCGUCUCUGAAGGCGACGGUGGCGCCAUCAAGGACCACGCGCUCAAACUCCGCGAGUAGAUUGCUUCGCCGCGCACGGACAUACAUACACACAUGCACACAUUGACAAUACCACUCCUCAGGUGUUAUCGUGAGAAAAUAAAGAAAAAAAAAUCUUCUCUGUUUCAUCGCUUUCUGAUAGCUUAAUGUGUAACAUCGAACAGCGCUUGUUACACAAGUGUUGAUAUGGUUAACCGGCAAACUUUAUAUAGAUCUAGUAGUUAGUUUAUCUGUCAGAUUGCAAGAGAGUAUCACAUUGUCUAUAUGUUACAUAACAUUGUUUCAACAAGUGUUGGUUGUAACUGACAAACUUAAAAUGUAUCAAGCAGUUUAUUAUAAGUUUAUCUAGCAGUUUAUCUGUCAGAUUGAUAUUAUCAGAGAGUGGCGAAACAGGCCCGAAGUGUCGUAACUAUUUAUGUAAUACGUCAAAAGUAAUACAAUUUUUUUUUUUAUAAUGUUCUGCUUCGGCCAAAUAUUCACUUAUUUUCGCUUACAUCUGUCAGUGAAAUAUCUUUGUAGUUAUAUCCCAUAUGGGAUAAUAUUUUAAGGGAUUUGUCAAAGCUGAAGAAAUAUGUUUUAAUUAAUAGAACAGAAGGACUAUUUUUGCACGAAUUGUUCGAGGUUUUAAUACAUUUAAAUAUAAAAACCAUUUUUUGUGAAACAUUAUCAUGUGACAAAUUAAAUCGUCAGAAAAAAAAAGUAAUUUUAAGUUGGCGACAUCGUAAUUUGAUGUGUGAAAAAUAAA